AUGGGCUUGAAGCAAACGCAUUUCUUCUCAAACUCAUCCUAUGAGGCGGAAGACACGCAAAUCAUCAUCUGUAGAACGUGUUCGUCACACUUGUGCCUAUCAUCGUUAAUUCUCUCUGACAACUUUGUCGGGUCCUCUGGCCCUGCAUACCUCGUUGAUAAGCUUAUCAAUUACCACCCAGACUCCGAAGCUGUGGAAACCAAUAUGCGCACCGGAACCUAUUUGAUUUGUAACGUUAGGUGCCACCAAUGCUCUACCAAGUUGGGUUGGGUAUAUAGAAAGGCAUACGAAGAUCAGGAAUCCUACAAGGAGGGCAAGUUUGUAAUUGAAGAGAAAUUCAUCAAAACUAUAGCCAACAACAGCUCCACUGCUACGCUCUUGGAGAACAUGAAGAGAAACCGUCGUCGGUCGUCGGCUGCAAAUUCUGUUAAAAGCUCAUCGUUCUCCUCUGAGAAUGAAGACGACUCAUUCAGGUUCGAGAAUCCUUCCCCCACACAUUCAAUCGGGAACAAACCUAGGAUAAAUCAUCUUACCUUCCACACCGAGUCGGACGAAAGCUUUUUGAGUAGAUUGCGGUUUAGAAACUUGGAUGAGAAGUUGGAAGAUAUUGAAGAUGAAGCGAUAGUGGACUAG